GCGACAUUGCUUACGUACUCGACACGUAAACGCCUCGCUGGGUUUGGAACGAGACCUGACGUUUUCGCCAUUGCCUUGCCCUCGGCAUCCCUGGAUUUCUACCCGCUCUCGCAAUCCUGCGCAGGACUUUGUAUUUCUGCUUUCUUUUGAGGCCUUCCGCUCUCCAUGAUUGCCUCUCUGAAUACACACAGAUUACCAUUGUCUCGCAGUCGCGUUAUCGGCUUUACCAAGCUAUAACCAACGACUGCUCACACCCAACACUGCCACAACACUCGAACACAUUGUCUCGCAGCUGCUCUUCCCCACUGGACCACCUUGACUGACCUGGCGCAAAAUAUCGACCCGGCGCCAUAUUGGUGACUCAUUUAUAAUGCCUCAGGAACGACCGAGAUUUGCAAACUCAGAUCUUGCUUCUACGAGUGGACUCGAUCUUGGAACAACCUCUGCUGCAUUCUCGGCUCGUAACAGUGAUAACAACAUGCAGCGAUCCGCUAGUCCCGCCCCGCCCUUUGCUCCCUCAAUUCCGACCAAUAGCGAUGUUCGACGAGGGUUUGUAGAUAUUGAACAGAUAUAUCAGCCAUAUCAGAAACAACAGCAUGGUGCAGCCGAUUUUGUCUACUCGGAGCAAAAGGGAAGUAGGCUGGGCCCCAUUGGGGUUUCGACACCACCGGGGGCGUUGGAACUCUCUCCUACGGAUGCUGCCUCAAAAUUCACUCCGGCCGUACAGAAACCCCAGGAACCGGUAUUUAAGGAAGGAUCGAUUUUCUACCGCAGCUCCCCUGCCUCAAAGCCGCAACCGCCUCCGAGUACCGAACGCAAGAUGCAGAAUCAAAAGUCAAAAAACUCGAUAUUUGAUGUCACGCACACUAUUUUAAAACCUGCCGUGAAUAUGACCGAACAAGAACUCAACGCACUUCGAAAAGGGGAAUUAUCAGGAGCUGAGGCGAGCGAAGAUAUAAUCAACCAACGGCAGGAUGUAAGCGGGUCCAUAACAGUGCCUCUGGCCCUAUCCUCUCCGCCAAUACCAAGUAUAUCCACCCCACCAAUCAACCGAGACCCAGAUGUCGAAGCUGCAUUCCUUACCAAUGCCAACACCAGCACACGUCGCGGCUUUGUAGAGUUGGAUGAUAGCAAGUUUACCAUUGCCUCCACCCCAGGUCAGCAGAAUAACCUGCGCGACCACCUGCUGGUGGAUGCAGGUGCAGGUCCCGAAACCGGCCGCAAAUCUCCUCAGUUGCUAGCUGCAGAAGAACGAGCCAGACAACGCCAUCAAGAAAAUGUGAGCGUGAUCACUUCACCCGCAACAUGGGACAAUGUCAAUUUGACCUUUCUCCCUACCAAGCGAAAUUUCCUUGGUGAGGGCCGUUAUGCCCAAGUUUUCCUUGGGUACUACACUCUCACAGAACCCGGAAGUCCUCGCCGCUCCGCCUUCCCACCUACAUCCCCACAUCCGCAGACACCAUCUUCGCUCCCAAAGCUGAGCCCUGAAAACCCAAUCCCAACACCAUCACCAGAAUUUUUUCCCUGUGCUGUUAAACGCAUGCAUCAAACUCCGGAAGCCCAGGCGAUAGGUCUAUGCGAAGUCUACAUCCUCCGCAAAUUGAGUCCUCUUCAUCCCAAUAUUGUCAAAUUUAUUGGUGUAAAAGAUGAAGCGGAUGUUGAUAAUCCGACUGUGCGUAGCGAACUUGCGUUAUCAGCGUCUACCGAUGGAACCGUAAAAGUCGAUCCUGCUCCACGGCUACUACUCCUACUCGAAUUUUUACCAAAAGGAAAUAUGUGGUAUUGGGUCCUGAGGAAUAAAAAGAGCGUAGGGAGGAGGCUAUGGUUAAAGUGGGCUCGGCAGCUCGCGAGUGCUGUAGAGUGUAUGCACGCACAAGGGAUCGUGCAUCAUGAUAUUAAACCGCAUAAUAUCUUGCUCUCUGAAUUUCUGGAUGUGCGUCUGGCUGAUUUCGGUAACGCCUGCUUUAUUCCCGAACCCACGGUCGACGAAAUGGAGGAAACCGAAACAGGAUCGAUAUCAUCGUCUAGUGGUCAUACACAAACAAGCACCCCAACACCACCCUCACCAAAUCAAACUCCAAAAUCCCGACCACAGAUCCCCCACUUGACUAUCCCAUCCCCGUCUCCAGUCACAAUAGCGUCGCGUGCAUCAACUCCUUCACCAACACUUCAAGACGGGCUUGGUCGCGGUACCGAAGCCUAUAGCGCUCCCGAGCUUCUCACGCCCGGCACACCCUAUUCCACUCCGAUUGAUAUCUAUUCUUUAGGCGUGACGCUCUACACACUCAUUACAGGCACAGCACCGUUUCAUCUUGCACGCACCACAUUGCAACUGAUUAUGGGAGCUCGUAAAGGGUUCUUUGAGAGCGGCCUGCAGGUUCAUGGGACAGAGCUAAGAGGGGGCGUAGAGAAGGUGAGAUUCUUGAGUGGGGAAGUGGUUGAUGACGGGAUAUUGUUAAUUUUGGAAGGGUGUUUGGAGAGGAAUCCAGAGCGUAGAUAUACGGCGUCAAAACUCAGAGAAGAAUUGGAGAAGGUGGAGGAAGGUGGUAUAUAGGCGGAAUGGAUAUGGUAGGAGAAUGUUGGGCGUAUCCUUAUAUUUGGGAGAUGUUUAUCAUGUUUCACUGCGUAAUUACAUAUCUUAACCUUGUGCAAAGAAUCAGUUAUUCUUUCUGAGAUAAAUGUUUACAAAAUAAUGUUCACUCCCUAAACCCUAUAUACACAAAAAAAG